GUAAAAUUGAUCAAUUAGUUGUAUUAACUCGAAGUAAACUGAAAGUUCAUGUUGCUUAACUUGUGAAGAUAUUUAAAUCUCGAGUGAAGAUAAAACGGUCUGAAUCAUUUGAUGAGUGACAAAGUAAACUUCGACCAAGUGAAGAUAGUGUUUGUGUUGAUAAAGCAUAUUUAAGAAAAAAUACUUGAAUACAAAGAUUGGAAUAAACUACCAAAAAGUAGAAAAGCCAAAUUAAAAACGGGAGCGCCACCAGCAGUCCUGGCGAACGACGGGUGCUCCGCUGCAACGGGAGUUGAAGGCGGCUUUUGGCUGGCCUCGGUAGCCGCAGGGGCGAAUGCCGGGGCCAGUCUGCCGUCGCAUACAGAUCAUUCAGCGAUGGAUCCAACCUGUGGAUCAGCUGAGACCGGUUUUAUCAAUAGUCAGCCUUCAAUGGCAGAAUUUAUGACGGCACUACCACAAAUUCCUAGUGAUAGAUCCAUUCAAGAGCCAUCCGGUACUGGAAGAACUAUAAGCCCCGGUUCUCACCAUCCCAACUAUCAUAAUAUGAUAGAUCUUCACAAUAUUUCCGAGCCCUCGACUGUUAACGUGCCUGAGUAUCCGUGGAUGAAAGAGAAAAAGACUACGAGGAAAAAUAGCCAGCAAGAAAAUGGUUUACCAAGGAGAUUACGAACAGCUUAUACCAAUACACAGCUUUUGGAACUGGAAAAAGAAUUCCAUUUCAACAAGUACCUGUGUCGUCCAAGAAGAAUUGAAAUCGCUGCGUCGUUAGAUCUCACGGAAAGGCAGGUAAAAGUAUGGUUUCAAAAUCGACGAAUGAAACAUAAAAGACAAACGUUGAGUAAAGAAGAUGGUGAUGAAAAAGACCUCGUAUCGUCGGACGAGAAGCACAAUAUAGACCGAUCGCUGACUGACGAGGAUGACAAAAAGAAGAACUGUCACAACUGUGAUAUAUCCGGUAGAGCUGAUGUUAGUAACACUUUUAGUGAGAUGAGUGACCGUAGUUUAACACAUUCUGGCAAUAAUAACUCUCCAUGCGCGACAAAUAAUAAUGGUAGUGGAUCAAAUAUAUUUAAUAGUAAUAGCAAUGGAGCCAGUAGCAUUGGUAGUACAAAUGGAGUAUCAAGUUCAUUUGAAAAACUAAUAGCUAAUGAAGAUUCAACAUCCAAUGAUGAUAGUACAGUAGCAUCACCUAAAGCUAUGACAAAAAAAUUAACGAAUGAAGUGAGGGUCAAAGUUGAAGGUGAUCAUCCUUCUAAUGUACUUAAGCAUCAAAUUUCAAUAUGUAAAAAAUCACCUUCAUCAAAGUCUAAAGAAAUAAGUACAGUGACAAGUAAUGGAGUACUUCUUACUAUGCCAGACUCCACUGUUGGAAGUUCAGCGGUUUCAGGACAAGGCUCUUCAACAAGAAGUUUAACACCAUCUUCAACACCAGGAACUCCAGUAUCAGCUCAACUACAACAAGGAAGUCCACUAGGAAUUCCAACAACGCAGUCUAUUCAAACUGCCUACAUGCAGAUACCACAAAGGUCUCCAUCACUGACCUGCUCAGUUGCCGGUUCUAGUUUACAUAAUCUUCCAAGCACUGAUCCAUCAUCCCAUUCCCUAAAGGAAAUUCCUAGUAAUCAACCAACAAAUAUCCAAUCCAUGCAAAAUACAUACCAACCUAUAAAAAUGAUUGAAUAUCGAAAUAAAUUAUCUAUAGGUAGACAAAAUGUUACUAAUCAUCCUAACCAAUCACAGAACGCAUAUUGCAAUAGGGCAGAUGCUUAUCCAUCACAUGUUUCACAUAGUAGUGAAAUGCAAUCAUCGUACAUACGACAGAACCAAAUAAACACGACUUCUAAUCAUCAUCGAAGGUCUAACACAACUAAUCGAUCAGUCUACAAUCCUUCUAAUCAAUAUCAUCAACAACAAAUGCACUAUUUAAACUCCAGCGAUUACAAUGGUUACUUACAGAGUGGAUCUUCUUAUCACGCAUCAUAUCAUAGAAAUAUGCACAGUGGAAACACAUACAAUGCCUCUCAAGGAUAUUCUCACUCCCACAAUGAACAAACUGAAGGAUACUUAAGCAAUAGUAGUUAUAAUUAUGCUACCAGUGGUAUUUAUCAUACGUCAGAUGAAAAUCUUUCACAUGAACAUUCAAACGUUUCUUUACAAAGUGGACAACAUUAUUAUGGUGAUAUCCAAUCGCAACAGCACCAACAUCAACAACAGCAGCAGCAAAGUUCUGCUGAGUCUUACGUAGUACAUCAAAUAUCCAUUCCGUCGAACCAAGCAGACUAUAGAGCUGUCAACAAAUGCCAUUCCAAUAAUUAUUACGAGCAAAAUACACAGCUACACAUUCAUCAUGGUGGCGAAGCAUCGAAUAUUUUGAAUAGUUACGUUUCAUCACCAGAUCCCUUUCCAGCUCCUGGAAUAACGACUACAGCAACAGCUAUUGCUGCAGCAACAGCGGCUGUCAUCACCCCACCAGAGAGUGUAGGACAAGUCGAAAGUAAUUCAGAAUCAUACGGAAACUUUGGUAAUUUUUAUGGUGGAGAUUCAGUUAAUGUGAUAACUCCAACUUCGUCAGUUGAUAUUAAUAAUAGUCAUUCGGACUUUAACUUUCUCAGCAAUUUAGCUAAUGAUUUUGCUCCUGAAUACUAUCAACUCAGCUGAGUUAUUAGAGUAAUGUAAAUCAGUCGAACUGAAUUAAAUGAACAAUUAGUGAAUGAUAAAUCAGAUAUUUAAAAUUAUUUAGAUUAAUCAAUUGUAAAUUA